AUGCAGUUCACCACCAAAUCCCUGGCUAUCUUUGCCGCCUCCCUCUUGGCAGUCACUGCCGCCGCUCGCCCCAGCUGUGAGACCGGAGGCAGAUGGCCUGACGCGAAGGAUUGCCAUAGCUUCUUCGAGUGCGGUUCUGGUGGCAUCGCGGUCCACAAGACCUGUGGACCCGGAACGGCAUACGACUCUCGCUUGAACAUCUGUGAUUACGAGCACAAGAUUCCGAGCUGCCAUGGCCAUGGCCCUAUCGACCAUGACGAGCCACAGGGCCAUGUCGAAGUGAAGGAUAACAAGGGCGAGCAGGGACACGACGAGAGCAAGGAUCAGGGCAAGGGCAAGGAGGAGCACGGUGAGAGCAAGGAUCAGGGCAAGGGAAAGCAGGAACAGGGUCAUGGGAAGGAUGAGGGCAAAGGCGAGAAGGAGCACGACGAGGGAAAGGACCAAGGCAAGGGAAAGGAGGAGCAUGGUGAAGGAAAGGACCAGGGAAAGGGCCAGCAGGAGCACGGUGAAGGAAACCAUUAG